UUUUCACAUCCGAUUCUCCAGCCAAAAUAGUGCAAAAUUUAAUUUUUGCCAUCAGUUUGCAAUUUAAAGCCGCAGAAUCAACGUGCAGUACGAGGAUAUUUAAGUAAAAAUCGCAGAACAUCAAAAACAAAAACAAAAACUCUUAGAGCAAGAAAAUGAAAUUGUUUUUUGCUUUUAUAGCGUUUAUUGCAUUAUUCGCCGUUGUAGCUGCUAAUUCUACAUUAAGUCAUGACCUCAUAUUGGGUACGCGUAUACCAGGCGAUCAACAUUUGAUACGCAAAGUCGCCUUUGCUAAAUCGGCUAUAAUGCAAAAGAAAAGGGGUGACUUUAUCUACGAACAGAAGGGUGUACCAAGGCCGGCUAAAAUUACUUAUAUGAUGGUUAAGGAUCAAUAUACAAAUGGCAAUGGUGGCUAUGCGACCCUGACUAAUGGUGGUCCUGGCUUUGAUCAUGUGGAGUUACAUUUCACUAGCCAAUGGUGGCGUGGCUAUAAUUUCGUUGUUGACGUUUAUGGCAUUUAAUUUUUUUUUAACGCUUGUUCUUAGGUAAACUAAACAAACAGUUGUUAAAAUAAAUUUCAUAUUCGUGAAUUAACAGAGGAAGUGAGCAGCCUGUGGACUCAAAUGUUAAUUAUUUAGUUUGUUUUCUAUGCUUUACGUAUAUAUAGACUUGGAGUAAAUUAGUUUUGAAGAAAAGUAUUAUUCUUAAAUAAAAAUACUUAGUAUUGGGUGUGUUGUGUAUUUAUUAAAUAGUGGUGGUGAGCAAAAUAGUCACCCCUUAACUAAAAACAAAGAGAGAGUUAAUUUGUUCUAAAAGUUAAUAUAAAAUAACUGUUAUUACUAGAAGCCUAGAAUUUUAUUUAGAUAAUUAACUUCUCAUCAAACCUUAUUUUACUGUAUUAC